GUUUAUGGCAAAGAGAUGACGGUGAUUCACAGGGCGGUGAGUCUCUGGGCGUCCGUGGCAGUGUGUUGCUCAGUGUGGCCCAGUGAGCAGUGAGCACCGGAGUCAUGGCUGCCAGCAGAACCCUUGUGCUGCUGACGGUCUUGUUUGCUCUGGCCCUUACCGUGGCUGUGCGCGAGACCUGUCCAGAUGACUGGUUACACUCCUGGGAUCUUUGCUUGUGGGUAAGCAAUUCCUCAAAGACGAACUGGGAGGCAAUUGAAGACUGCAAAAGAAAAGAGAGCGAUCUCGUCUAUAUAAACAGCAAUGAGGAGAACUAUAUAUUGGCAGGUGUUAUGCUCGCAAUGGGCAUAGACGAGAUGUGGAUUGGCCUCAAUGACAUCGGGGUGAAUAAAGUCUACAAGUGGUCAGGUCAUCAGAAAGUCGUCUACACCAAUUUCCUUCCCGGGAAGGCCUACAACCGUAAACGACACUCCGAGGAUUGUGUAUCGAUGAAGAAUCGAACUGACUUCAAGUGGGACUCUGAGUAUUGCUUCACGUACCUUAAAUUUAUUUGCCGCAAGGAUCUGUCCUAGAAAGUGGAGGUGCAUGGCGGGCUCUUCGUGCAACUCACAGCCCUUCUCUCUACACAUGCGGCUUGAUUUUUUUUUCCUCUCCAGUGGUUCCUGGUUUUCUUCGGAUGUUCUCCGUGGCCUCAUCGUAUGCAAAAUCAUAUAUGUUCCAUUAUUAGUAAUUAAGAUUGAUAUUACGAUGCCACACGUUGUAUGCAAAAAUGUUAACACUACAAAAAAAAAGCCAGUAUGAGACAUUUCAGUCACUUCCAAACAUUAUACUGGCAGGAAAUUGCGAACUCUAUUAUUUUCUUCAUCCCAUCUUUUCUUCUCGGUGCUUAUAAAGAUUUAAUACAUUGCUUUCUAGAGCUGCGAGUCAGUGUAUAUCUGAGUGAAAGGGUUAAAAUUCCUUCAUCUCUGCUCUAGAUUAAUAUAUAUUGAUCUAUUGUUAUAUGUACUUGUGGCAUGCUUUUCUAUACUGAUUUUUGCAAUGCGUACAUAUAAUUCCACUUUGCUCCACCUUCACAGUCUUUACCACGACCUUCAUAUUCACCCUGUUCCUCACGAGCGUGCUCGGAAAACAGAAUGUUUAUAUAUAACACCCACGAACGAUCUCGCAGCUGUAUUCGUUGGUUUAGAUAUGAAAACUUUAGUCGAACACAUUAACAAAAUCAA